AUGAAGGAAUACAACAAAGAAGAACUCGAGAGAAUGAGGAUUGCAAUGAAUGGAGAAACAGCUCUUGAUAAGAUAAAGAGAAAGUGUAGAGAAGAGCCAUUUGUUCCUGCUGGCGUUGCUUUAACCUGCUUUGCACUUAUUGCCGCAACAGUUGGUGUCAAAAUGGGGAACAAGGCUUAUGCUAACAACAUGUUUCGAUUAAGAGUUGCUGCCCAAGGUUUUACCGUACUGGCAAUGGUGGGAGGAUCACUUUAUUAUGAGCAACAAAAGAAAGGCGAAACGGAAGAAUCACCAAAGGCCUAA